AUGGGUCUCCAUAGACCCAAUUUCACAUCCCCUUUGUCAGAAUACGUUCGACAAACAGAACUCCUUAGGGGCUGGAAAGUUUCCAAGUUCACCAAAUUCGCUGGUGACACUAGAGAGUCGACAAUCGAACGUGACGUUAGGUAUCAAAAUGAGGUUGGAGACAUAGCAACCAAUGAGAAUUUGAAAAUGAACCUUAAGGAGUUGGCUAGUGUUAGACGGAAAGUCCCUGAGUCAAUUAACGAUUAUUUGAAUAGGUUCAGACUUCUUAAAGAAAGGUGCUUUACACAAGUCCUUGAAUACAAGUUAGUCAAAAUAGAUGCAGGAGGCCUAGAUUAUUCCAUUAGGAAAAAACUAGACACACAAUACCUUAGGGACACGACACAAUUGGUAGAUAGGGUUCAUCAGUUCGAACGCUUGAAAGAUGAAAAUUCUAGAACAAAUAAGUACCAUAAGAAAGAAAAAAUCGCAUAUAUAGAUACAUAUGAGUAUCUCUUAGACUUAGGCGGCGAGUAUUUCGAAGCGAGUAAGGUCAAUGUGGCAGAACUUAAUCCAGGGCCUUUGUAUGUGUGUAAGUUACUGAAGGCGUCGAAUGGGAAAAAUUCUAUCGAACCCAGCAAGGAUAAUAAAUUCGUCACGAAAACAUAUACUUUUGAUAUAACUAAGUGUGACGAAAUAUUUAAUUUAUUAGUUACUGAUGGGAAGAUUAUAGUUCCUUCGGGCCUCAAAACUCCUUCGUUAGAGAAAAGGAAAAAGAGAGGUUUUUGUAAGUACCACAAUUUUCUAGGUCAUAAAACUUCUCAAUGUGUGCUUUUCAAGGAUUUGGUGCAUAAGGCAUUGAAAGAAGGAAGAUUACAGUUUGGCGAGAAGCCAAAAGCGUUAAUGCAAGUGGAUGAUGAUCCACUUCAAACUAGAAGCUACUGA